AUGGGGCAGAUUGCAUCUUCCCUUAGCAAUAGACCAGUGGGGACUCUUCCUAGUGAUACUGAAGCACCAAGGAGAGAUGGGAAGGAGUUUUGUAAAGCUCUCCAUUUGAGAAAUAGAAGAGAGGUUGAACAACCAGAGCAUGUUAUUAGACCUUCUACCUUGAGGAAGUUGGCAGAAAAAAAUGUGCAACCAAUUGAAGAGGAAGAGCCUACUGUAAUUGAAGUGCAAGAUUCAGAAAACAUCAAAGAGCAAGGUGAUUCUAGCAAAACAGAAAAAUCAGCACCUAAAUCAAAGGAGUCAGCCAAAUCUAUGCAGAAAAAUGAAGGCAUUCAACCAAUAUCAAGGGCAAGGCAAGUUCCAUUUCCACAAAGGCUCCAAAAACAAAAUCAGAAGCAGCACUUCAAGGGGUUCUUAGACAUCCUCAAGCAACUCCAGAUCAACAUUCCAUUUGUGGAGGCCCUUCAACACAUGCCAAGCUACAUCAAAUUCAUGAAGGACAUCCUAUCAAGGAAGAGGAGAAUAGAGGAGUUUGAGACACUGGCACUUACCAAAGAAUGCAGCAACAUCGUCUCUACAAAAGUACCUCCUAAAAUGGAGGAUCCAGGUUCUUUUACUAUUUCAUAUGUUCUUGGAGAUAGGUAUAUUGAUAGAGCUUUAUGUGAUUUAGGCUCUAGCAUUAAUUUGAUGCCUGCUUCUAUUUUUAAGCAACUAGGAAUAAAAUCUUCCCCCACCAUAUUAACUCUCCAACUAGCUGAUAGCUCUAUUGUAUACCCUGAAGGAAAAGUGGAAAAUAUUUUGGUAAAGGUGGACAAAUUUAUUUUUCCAGCUGACUUCAUAAUCCUUGAUUGUGAAAUGGAUGAAAACAUUCCUAUUAUAGUAGGAAGACCAUUUUUAGCUCCAGGGGGUGCAAUGAUAGAUGUUAAAAAAGGGGAGUUAACAAUGAGGAUAAAUCAUGACACUAUGACCUUUAGUGUUUUUAAAGCCAUGAAAUAUGUGGAUGAUGAUGUUGAUGAUUGUUCUGCUAUAACUGUCAUUGAUCACUUGGUUGCUACCCAUGUUCAAGAAAAAUUUUAA